ACUUUUACGGUCCAUUAUACUUCUCGGGUCCAAGCCCAAUUCUCUCUCUCCUCUCGCUCUCUGCCUGUCUCUCUCUCUCUCUCUCUUCCCUCCGGCGGAAACCCUAGAUCUGGGUCGUUUCGAACGGCUGGAAAUCGGUGGCCGAGGUUUGGAUUCAAGAAACCCACAGCGUUUGAUGGUCCGGGUUCCUGUCAAAAUCACUUUUUCAGAUUUUUCGAGAAGGAUUUGGCACCGACAAGAGAAUUGAUAUUUUGUGUUCAAGAUGGCUUCCCAGUUCACUCCAACUACACCCGAAACUCCUAUUGAUAACAAUGAGCUUGUAGUUCACAGCGAAAUGAUGGCUGAUCACGAGAUAUUACCUGACGAGAUGAUGCUUAACAAUGAGAUUGUUCCAAUGGAGAUGCAAGAAAACAGUUUGGGAACACCGCUCAAUGGUUCGGAAAUGCAGCCUAAGAAGCGCAGGAAAAAGAAGUCAAUGGUUUGGGAAUUCUUCACUAUUGAAGCUGUCGGUAAUGGAUGCAGAAGGGCUUGCUGUAAACAAUGCAAGCAGUCGUUUGCUUACAGCCAAGGCUGUAAAGUAGCUGGCACUAGUCAUCUCAAACGCCACAUUGCCAAAGGCACCUGUGCAGCAGUCCUUCGUAAUCAGCUGAAUAAUAACCCAUAUAGCGCACCUGCAAAGAUGAGAGGAUACAGGGGCACUACUACUACUGCUGCUACUACUACUACUACUGAUACACCAAAGCGGCGGUACCGAACUGCUACUACACCUUUCAUCGCUUUUGACUCAGAUCGUUGCCGCCAGGAGAUUUCUAGGAUGACCAUCAUGCACGACUACCCACUGCACAUGGUUGAGCAUCCAGGCUUUGUUGCUUUUGUCCAGAGUCUUCAACCUCGGUUUGAUAUGGUGAGCUUCAACACUGUACAAGGGGAUUGUGUGGCAACUUACCUUAGAGAAAAACAAGCCAUUCAUAAGGUGAUUGAGGGAAUGCCUGGGCGAAUCUGUCUUACACUUGAUAUGUGGUCGUCUCACCUCAGAGUUGGUUAUAUGUUUAUAACUGGGCAGUUCAUUGACAGUGACUGGAAGAUCCACAGGAAAGUUCUUAAUGUCAUCAUGGAACCGUAUCCAGACUCUGAUACGGCUUUCAGCCAUGCUAUUGCCGUUUGCCUUUCUGACUGGAGUAUAGAGGGUAAGCUCUUCUCAGUCACCAUCAAUCAACCUCUCACUGAUAGUGCGAUAGAUAAUGUGAGGGCGUUACUCUCUGUCAAGAACCCUCUUAUUCUCAAUGGUCAAUUGUUGGUUGGGAAUUGCCUUGCUCGCACUCUAAGCAGUAUUGCAGUAGAUGCAUUGAACUUUGCCCAUGAAGCUAUCAAGAGAGUUAGAGACAGUGUGAAGUAUGUUAAAACUUCAGAGUCCAAUGAAGAAAGGUUUCUUGAGCUCAAGCAACAGCUUCAAGUUCCAACCACAAAGAAUUUGUCACUUGAUGACCAAACGCAAUGGAACACAACAUUUGAGAUGUUAAUAGCUGCAUACGAGUUAAAGGAAGUCUUUUCUUGUUUGGAUACUUCUGAUCCCGACUACAAGGGUGGCCCAUCAGCUGAAGACUGGAAGCAAGUAGAGACACUGUAUAAUUAUUUGAAAAUUCUCUUUGAUACUGCUAAUCUUCUGAGUGCACCGACAAUCCCAACAACAAACACAUUCUUCCAUGAAGCUUGGAAGAUUCAGUUGGAACUUGCUCGGGCAGCAGUUAGCGAGGAUCCCUUUGUCAGCGGUCUUACAAAGUCGAUGCAAGAGAAGUUUGAUAAAUACUGGAAGAGCUGUUGCCUAAUAUUAUCAAUUGCAGUAAUUGUGGAUCCACGCUUCAAAAUGAAGCUUGUUGAGUUCAGCUUCUCUAAAAUUUAUGGUGACGAUGCCGCAACAUAUGUGAGGAUUGUUGAUGAGGGAAUUCACGAGCUCUUCCAGGAUUACGUAGCACUUCCACUGCCUCUGACCCCGACUUAUAUUGAAGAAGCAAACGGUGGAGCUGUCAACACACAGGAUGCUCAAGAGCUUUCUACUAAUGAACUCGGACUCACCGAUUUUGAUGCCUUCAUCAUGGAGACUUCAAGCCAGCAGUCUCGGUCUGAAUUGGAUCAGUACUUGGAGGAGUCUUUGUUGCCCCGAGUCCAUGAGUUUGACGUUGUAGGCUGGUGGAAACUGAACAGGAUGAAGUACCCUACGCUUUCAAAGAUGGCUCGUGAUAUCUUGACCGUCCCAGUAUCAACUGCUCCCGCAGACUCAGUAUUUAGCACGGUGCACAAAGAAAUGGACCGCUACAGGUGUUCCUUGCGACCCGAGACCGUCGAGGCCCUUGUGUGCGCUAAGGACUGGCAACAGAAUGAAUUGGUAAAAAGUAUAACAGCACCAAUAAAAAUGGAGGUCCCCAUUUAAUUCAAAUCUCUUUGGUAUUCUUAGUUGUCUAGAUUGGAUUUUAUAGUGAGAACUGAAUUUUCAUUUAGGAUUGUGUAUGCUUAUAUCUUAUAUUAGACCUGGCUUUUGUAUCAUAGAAGUUACUGAAUCCCUCCCUUAGGGUACAUUGACUUGGUAAUUUCCCCUCUCUCUGUCUGUCUGAUGCUUCAAAUGGUUAAUACUGUUAUUUCUAUGCCCUUUCACUUUC